ACCUGGCAGUGCACGGGAAGGAGACGACGAAGAAGAAGCGGCGCUCGCCUCGCUCACGCUGUCUACUGGUGGUGGAGGUUUUGGUUGGCUAACCCGUCACUCCGUAGUAAGAUCAUGGCUGCUUCAAAGCCAGUCGAGCCGCAGUCCGGGACUGGACUACCCCGCUGGCAGCUGGCACUGCUAGUCGGGACCCCCAUCGUGCUGGGAGUGGGUGCGGUGUACCUGUGGAACCGCAGCAGGACGAAGGACAGCAAGGGGACCGGGGAGCGGAAAACACCUGAAGGCAGCGCCAGUCCCGUGCAGGGCCAAGACGGCGCAGCUCGGGCCGGCCGAGAGCAGGAGAACAUGAGCCCACUGGAUCGGGCCCAAGCAGCAAAAAACAAGGGCAACAAGUACUUUAAGGCUGGCAAGUUUGAGAACGCCAUCCAGUGCUACACAGAGGCGAUCGCUCUCUGCCCCAAAGAGCAGAAGACAGAUUUGUCAACAUUUUACCAGAACAGAGCAGCAGCCUAUGAGCAGCAGAUGAAAUGGACAGAAGUGGUACAGGACUGCUCUCAGGCUGUGGAACUGAAUCCACGCUACGUGAAGGCUCUGUUCAGAAGGGCCAAAGCUCUGGAGAAACUGGACAACAAGAAGGAGUGUCUAGAGGAUGUCACCGCGGUGUGUAUCCUUGAGGCCUUCCAGAACCAACAGAGCAUGCUGCUAGCAGACAAGGUGCUGAAACAGCUGGGGAAGGAGAAGGCCAAAGACAAAUACAAGAACCGUGAGCCCAUGAUGCCUUCCCCUCAGUUCAUCAAGUCCUACUUUAGCUCGUUCACAGACGACAUCAUCUCCCAGCCCCUGCAGAAGGGCGAGAAGAAAGAUGAAGACAAGGACAAUGAGGGCGAGGCAGCUGAGGUCAUGGAGAGCUCUGCAUACCUGAAGGCAAAGCAGUACAUGGAGGAGGAGAACUACGACAAAAUCAUCAGUGAAUGCACCAAGGAGAUCGAGUCAGGCGGCCGGUACACUGCUGAGGCCCUGCUGCUGCGCGCCACGUUCUACCUGCUGAUUGGUAACGCUACUGCUGCUCAACCCGAUCUGGACCGGGUAAUCAACAUGGAAGACGCCAAUGUGAAGCUACGAGCUAAUGCUUUGAUCAAGCGCGGCAGCAUGUACAUGCAGCAGCAGCAGCCGAUGCUCUCUACACAAGACUUCAACAUGGCGGCCGAGAUCGACACACGUAACCCUGACGUGUAUCACCACAGGGGUCAGCUGAAGAUCCUGCUGGAUCAGGUGGACGAGGCGGUGGGAGACUUCGAUGAGUGCAUCCUGCUCAGGCCCGACUCUGCUCUGGCACAGGCACAGAAGUGCUUCGCUCUUUACAGACAAGCAUAUACUGGAAACAACCCGUCACAGGUUCAGACAGCCAUGGACGGGUUUGAGGACGUUAUCCGAAGGUUUCCAAAAUGCGCUGAGGGCUACGCUCUUUAUGCUCAGGCUUUGACUGAUCAGCAGCAGUUUGGAAAAGCUGACGAGAUGUAUGACAAGUGUAUCGUACUGGAACCAGACAAUGCUACUACAUAUGUCCACAAGGGUUUGUUGCAGCUUCAGUGGAAACAAGACCUGGAUUUGGGUCUAGAGCUCAUCAGUAAGGCGAUUGAGAUCGACAACAAAUGUGACUUUGCCUACGAAACUAUGGGAACCAUUGAAGUUCAAAGGGGCAAUCUGGACAAGGCGAUAGAAAUGUUCAACAAAGCAAUUAACCUAGCCAAGUCAGAGAUGGAGAUGGCCCAUUUGUACUCAUUAUGUGACGCAGCAUACGCCCAGACUGAAGUGUCUAGGAAGUACGGCCUGAAACCUCCCACACUGUAACUCCUCCGCCAAUUGCUCGCCAGCCUCGGUCUUCAUUGCUGAAUCUAACUGUGUUAAAAGUGCAACUGUCUGACUUAAAACUUUGAUUUGUUUAAGAAAAAAAAAAUGAGGAAAGAAAAAGAGGAACCCUGAAUACAUACAGUGUUUACAUCUCAUGAAAAGGGUUUGUUGUCAUGGAAAAAGAAGGAUUUCUAUUCACAAUCACACUGAGGCCGUGAUCCAGGCCUCAGGUAGACUCAGUUGAUUAUCAGGAUGUGGUGGCCGGAGGGAGGGAGGGUCGUAACCAACACUGCUCUUUCCUCACUCAUAAUUCAACCACAUUAUUGUCAAAUCUUUUUACAUCUCAGAAUAAAGCUUGGGGAAAAGAUACAUGAGUUGUCAUGUAUACCUGUUUGAUCAUAACUUAGGACGUGUCACUCCUCUUACAUUUACCUGUCUGCUGAACCAGUGAACGACUUGAGGCAUUUGGGACAAUUUUAAAUCUAUAGGGAAAACUGUGAGAGCUUUACGUAGUUCUAAUGGACUGCUCACUUGUUCAUUUAUGCUGAUCUAAAGUGUUUCUGUCCAGCUACUUCCAUAUGGUUACCUACAUUAACACUUCGGAAUGCAAGGUUAAAACUAUAGUCAAAUGUGUAAUGUCUGUAUUUGUGAUGCUGGAUUUGAUCCCUGAGGAGAACGGGCCUGCGGAGAGCUUCGUUUAGAACCUUUUUUUUUUUUUUUUUUUAAUGGUGGGAUUGCCUGUUUUCUUUUUUUAUAUCCUUUUGUGCAGCAUGUUCAAUUUAUAAAUAAAUGUAAAUGCAAUGCUCGUGCUGUCUAGAAAAACACUAGAAAAACAGUAACAAUAUGACAAUUUGGGCAAAAAGUUUUCGAUUAGACAAAUUUAGCCAACGUUUUUAGCUUUUUGUUUUGAAAAUGUUAAUUUUGAAUGGCCUCUAGCGUCAGAAGAUGUCACAAGUGAUUGGAUGUUCAGUGUUUUUUUUUUUCCUCGCUCACGUCAACAAGAAACAUUUAUUUUCUAUUAUAUUGUGAGAGUUUAUUUUUCAUGCGACAUUUGGGUUCAUCUUUUGAAUUCGCACUUAAAGACAGUGGUUUAAUGUUAUUAUUAUUUUUUUUCUCUGUUUUUACAAUCCAAGCCUUACUGUUUCCAGCCUACAUGCAGCCUGAGAAUUUGUUCAGUACAGUGUAUGAUUUGGUUCUCAAAUAGCAUCUGUACACUACACACCGCUGAUGAAUGUUUGUGUGUCUGGAGCAUAUUCAGUUUUUAGAAUACUACACUGAAGAGCCCCUGUUCUCCAUAAUCCUCGUUCAUCUCAAAGCAGUAGUGGUUCAUUUUCACUUGGUGUGUGGCCGUACUGAAGAACCAAAUCAUGCACUCCAGCUGCACCUGGUGAGGACUACUACUAGAGCAAAAUCAUUUUUCUCAAACUUAAAGAAAAAGAAACGAAAGUUAACCUUCAAAAAAACAAAUGUUUUUCCUGUUUGAUAGAAAUUACACUGACAUUCUUCAUCGACAAUAUGUAUGGUGACCAAAGUGAAAGAGAAUAUGAACCCUAAUAAAGUUAUAAUUCUUGAAAUGAA